UGUCUCAUGUUUUAUAUGCCAAAGUGGUCAUUGCCUCAUCUUCUCAGGAGGUUUGCAGAUUAAUUUUGUACAUAUUAAUGUUUCAUACACUAAAUGCUAGACUGUUCCCUCCCUCUUGUUGGUGGUCAUGUGAUACGUGCUGCCUGUGGAUCCUGUCUGCCAGCUGCACAGCACUGAAGUUGUCAAAAGUUUGUACAACUGAGAUAUCCUUGGUUUUCAAGAAACCCCACCAUGGCAGAAAUGGGUUUUGUGAUCGCCAUGUCAGUGAUGACUCUGUUUUGGGGCAUUAUCGGAGGAGUAGUGCCGUGGUUCAUCCCCAAAGGACCAAACAGAGGAGUGAUAGUCACAAUGCUGGUGUUAACUGCUGUUUGCUGUUACCUGUUCUGGUUGAUAGCAAUUCUGGCCCAGCUGAACCCACUUUUUGGGCCAUCUCUGUCCACUGACGUCAUCUGGUACCUGAACUAUCACUGGGCUUAAUGUAUUCUUAAAGGAUUCCCGAAUCAUGCAGGGGAGGACCUGAUUCUGCUGCAUACCAAUGGACGUUUGCUUCUCACCUCAUGCUGAGAUCAUUCCUUCUAAACUCAGACCCCUGUUUGAUAUACAGAGUGAUGCCCACACUUGCGCCUUGUGUAAAAAUAAUUCCCAAAGGACUUCUGAGAGAUCUCACUGAAUGUGCUUUACUUUAAAUUGAAACAACAUUCUCUUGUUGUCCGGUGUAUAUGUUAUGUAUAUCGUGUUUAUUGUUAAUAUGAAUGACCUGUCUUUAAAUAGUGAAGUGGAGUAUUUGAUGUGUGUUCGAUUGCUUUUGUCUGAUAAUAUUAGUGAUGGAUGUAAUCCAUACGAUAGUCGUUAAUAAACAAAAAAUACACCAUUGCUCUGUCA